AUGCUCAAACGAAACUAUGAUAGUGAUAGUAUACGUCAAGUGGCUGCUCUAUACCAACAACAACAGCAGCUUCAGGAACAAGUCGAUGGAUUCUGUCAAGAACGUGAUCAAGUAAACAAAUCUAUUCGACAAGCCAAGACAAAGGAAGAAAGGACCCAGUAUAUCUCUCAAGGAAAGCAAUGGAAAGAUAAAAUUAAACAUGUUACCAAUCAAAUAGAACAGAUUCAAUUAGAAAUGGAAACACAUGCUCUUAUGGUACCCAAUGAUACUCACCCGGAUGUUCCAGUUGGAGAUGAAUCUCAUGCUAAGGUGAUCAAGAUGGUUGGCAAGCAACGUAUUCAUGAAGGAGAACUCAAGGAUCAUUUAACACUGGCAGAAGAUUUGGAUAUGGUAGAUUUUGAACAAGCAUCUCUGGUAACAGGAUCGAAAUGGUACUAUUUGAAGAAUGAUGCUGUAUGGUUAGAAUUAGCUUUGAUUCAAUAUGCUAUGGAACAAGCUUAUAUAAGGGGAUUCUCACCAGUGAUUCCUCCUGAUGUAAUACGAACCAGUGUAGCCUAUGGAUGUGGUUUUCAACCUCGAAAAUCAGAAGCCUCGCAAAUCUAUAGUGUGACGACUCCUAGCACUGUCAAUACCUCGGCACCCAAGUUAUGUUUGGCUGGUACGGCGGAAAUACCAUUGGCGGGAAUGUUUGCACAACAAUUGAUCAAAGAAGAAGACUUGCCUCGAAAACUAGUUGGAGUGGGUCAUGCUUUUCGUGCUGAAGCUGGUCAUGGAUCUGCUAAUGAACGUGGAUUAUAUCGUGUACAUCAAUUCUCAAAGGUCGAAUUAUUUGCUGUUACUAGUCCUGAACAAAGUCAAGAUAUGUUGGAUGAAUUACAAUCACUACAAGAACAUAUGUUUUCAGAACUUGGUCUCUGUUUCCGGGUAUUGGACAUGCCAACCGAAGAAUUGGGUGCAAGUGCCUAUAGAAAAUAUGAUAUUGAAGCAUGGAUGCCUGGAAAGAAUGACUGGGGGGAAAUAUCUUCAACAUCCAACUGUACAGAUUAUCAAACAAGACGAUUAGAUAUUCGAUACCUUUCCAAAGAAUUCAAGGAUAAUGUUGGAGGCAAGGAUGUAAGGGUACCAUGGCAUAUCAAGGAAAAAUGGGUGAAAUUUUGUCAUACAUUGAAUGGAACGGCUAUGGCAGUGCCUCGUGUGAUUAUUGCGCUAUUAGAAACGCAUCAACAACCUGAUGGAUCUAUCUUGGUGCCUCAAGUCUUACGAAAAUGGAUUCCUGGUCAACCAAGCGUAUUGAAUAAGAAAUAG